AAUGUGGGUUUUAUCUCAGCUGCAAAUCAUCAGCGACGACGAGAAAUAUGAGGAGGGGUUAAGAAUCGCAAAAUGCGAGCCGAUGUUUUAUUUAACUGUCUUUUAUUGAACACCAUCCUUCAUACAGGUCAGUUGGCCCCCAUAAAAACAAGUAAGACUGUGUGGGCACCAGUGGGAGGCCAAGCCUCUCUGAGCUUUCAGCUCACUGAAGAUAAAGAUGUCCUCCAAAUCACCUGGCAGAAAGUCCCUUCCAAUGGGGAACUAAAUCUCGCCACCUACACCAAGAAAUAUGGUUACAGAGUUAGAGCUGGUCUUGAGAAGAUUGAUUUUCAUUGUGAAAAUCUUCAGAGCUGCUCCAUGGUGAUCAGGACGGUGAUGGAGGAGGAUGAAGGCUGCUACCAAUGUCUGUUUAACACCUAUCCUAGAGGAGCUCUAAUUGUCAGGACCUGCCUCAGACUAUAUGAGCUGCAUGAUCCCAUCCUUGAUAUCAGGAGAUCGAAUGCUUCUGCAGAGUCAGUUGUAUCCUGUUCAGCCACAGGUCGACCUGCUCCCACUGUAACACUGACUGUUCUACAGCAGAACCUCAGCUUCUCCCACUACGACACCAGCAGUGUGACCCACAGCAACGGUACAGUCACCGUCACCACCACAGCUCUGCUGUCAGCUUCCAGCAGCACACAGGUUGGAUGUUCAGUGUCAGUGCUCUCUGCUGCUCCCAGAGAGAAGCUGAUCACCGUUCCUGGAGUUAAAGGAACAUCUGAUGAUGGUUUGGACAAAGACUCUGGACCUUAUUACAAAGCUAUUGGUAAGUUAAUGUCUUGGCUUUGUGGCAUUUUUAUUCAGCCAUAUCUUUAACAUCUUUGCUCUUUCUCUAAAAGAGUUUGUUUGAUUGUUGUGGUGUUCUGCUUCGUGGCUUUUUUACCAAUUUCCUGGCACAGAAGAACAAAACAGAACAGGAGGCUUCAAAAUGUGGAAAAAAAUGGAACCCAAAGAAGAAUUACUCAGAAUGAAGAAUAUCCUCUGCUGCAAAGAAACACUGAAGAAAAGACAUGUAACCAGAGAAAACCCAUAAAGCAAAUUUCAACACCAGAAGCGUCAUCACCACCUGAUUUUGAAGGCUUUCCAUCUAAAGAUAGACUUAAAAGAUUGAAAAAAACAAAAUCUUUUUAAAAUAUUUAUUUGUGAAAUGCACAAUGGUAAGCUUUCCACGGUGCAUGUAGACACUGUGGUUGGGGUGAGGUUUAGAACUAAAGUUGAAUUGAGUUUAGUUUAGGGUUAGGUAGGUGUUGGUAAUAGUUAGUUUAAGGGUCUGGAUUAGGCAAUAUAAGUUAGUGGGAAAUGAAUUGAAGUCAAUAGAAAGUGCCUACAAGGCUAGUGUGACACAAAAUGUUGAAGCUAUAACAUUAAAUAAAUCAGAUAAUAAAUCUAUAGUAGACUCCCAAACUGUAGGUUUCAUGAAAAGCUCAAGCUGUGAAAAAAAAAAAGAAAAAUGAUUGAUAUUGAAGGCAAACAGCCUCAUGCUGUCUCUAGAGUUAUGUCUGAGGAUGUGUUUUUAACGAGAUGUGUGCCCCUUUCAGAAGCGCUGCGAUCUGUAACGCUUAGCAAAUUCUCUGGUCUGAGUAACAUUACAAUUUAUGUCAAAUCCUGUUGUCAUCAUGGUUAUUUGAUACGAAUAGAUUAUGAAUUGUUAUUUAAAGAGUUUGUCCCAAGUUAUCUCUUCUUGAGAAAAGAACCAGAGAGAGAAUGCUGAAAGGUGUAAACACAAAGCUUUCCUUUACCUUCAUUGAGUCACUUUGCUGUUUCCACCAAUCCUCUGUUACAAAGGACGAUGACCACUUUAUUGUUUGCUGCGAUGUCAAGUACCGUUGUCCCUUCCUUGUCAUUCAAGCCACUAAAUAAGGUAAACAUGCCCACUGUUAUAUUCAACACUAGCAAAGGAAUAACGUGAAGUUACGCAAUAACAGUAUAUCAGGAAACAAGCGUAGCGCUAACGUCUGCUGGGAUGGUGACCUCAUCUGCCGAAAUUAAACUUCUGUUUACUGUGCUAAUAAUGACUGAAAUAUAGAAUUUAUUCUCAUAGAAGCUUUUCAAUGGGUUUAGUAAAAUCUACCAAAUCUAUUUUUGCUGCAUUGUAUUUUAACCAGAUGUGGAGAUUAAAACAAAACUGUUGCAUGAAGACUUAAAUUCAUGAGUGACAGACUCUAUUGGAGGACCAGAAAUCAUAUUUUUUAUGAUUUAUUUUUAUGAAUCUUUAUUUCUUUUGUCACUGUACGUUUUGUUUUAAAUAAACUGGCU